GCUAAGAAAGCAAAACAAGGCGAAUUCAACCACACUUUGUGAUUCUCGUGAAAAAUGUCUCUCGUGCGUGUAAAUGCGGGAUUUUCACGGAUCCUGUGCCAGCACUCGCGUCUCCUGACCACCAGCGCGGCGCCGGCGAAUGAGGAGUACGUGUCAGAGCCGCAAUAUCCCGAAAUUUUGGAUCUCUCAUUCCGCGCGCGGAAGUACCGCCAGAAGCAGACCUGGCAUGACAAGCUGCGGCGAGUGGCCUCGGUGGAGGAGAAGCUGCUGGGCAUCAACAUGCCCAGGUACUAUGGAUACAAGUGCGUGAUGCUGAACGAUCAGAAGAUCCCGUACAAUAGUCUGCCAUUCACGCAGUUCGCCACGCGUACGGCGUUCCGGGAGGCCGACAAACUGCCGGACUUUUACCGGCGCUACGACGAGGCGGCGGAACGGAUUGCGGGCGCUGUGCAGGGGGCGAUUGAGGAGGUGCUGGAGCACGAGCUGAGGGGCUACAGGAAGGCGCACGAGGGCAGGAGUGACACACUCACGGAGACACAAAAGCUGGACAUUGUGGCUGCGGCGAUUGUCCGGGAAGUGAAUAGGAUCGUCAUGAACAGCCUCAGCGGAGAGUUUCCCCACCUGGAGGAGUUGGAUGUGGAUCUGGCGGCCAGACACGAGGCCUUUUGGGUGGUCGGCGGCAUAAAUCCGCCGCUGAUGGUGACAAAAAUGCGAGACGGCCUCAGAUGGUCGAAGAAAUACAAGGACGAUCCCACGGACAGAUUCUUCCAGUACAGAGGCACUCCUUAUCUUGCUCUUCGCCAUGAACAUCCGCUGUCGCCGCUGGCGGACGUUCUGGAGGAUUCUUCGGCAGUUCUUGAGUUCACUUACGAUCCCGGCACGAUUGGCUACUUCCAUGAGCACUGCCACGGCACUUGCAUUCCCGGAUUCUGGCCGGGCGAGCGCAGGGAGUUCGGCACACUGUCCUUUCAGACUAGAAGUCACUUCCUGACGCGCAGCAAGCACUUCGGGGCGCAGGACGAUCAGGAGGCGCUGCACGCGCAAGGAAUCACCGGCAGCUACGCCUGGCUGCUGGCUCAGGCCGCCUACCAGGGCUUCAACACCUACAACGAGCUCACAUACCCGCUCGUGGCGCAGACCGUGAUCACGGAUGGCCAGAAGUGGUCGUUCUACGCCUACCAGCUCAACACGCUGCUCCUGCACUCUCACCACAUCCAGGAGAAUCCCAGGGUGAACGAGUGCUGGGGCACGCGCGAAGAGAAGCUCUUCGACAGCGUGGAUGACGCCGGAAAGCUCGUGGGCUUCAAUCUGGAAGUGCUGAAGCGCCUCGUCGCCUUCUAUUGCAACGCCCCGGCGAAGCGUGAAGGCGAGAUGCGGCCGUACCUGGACGCCAAGGACCAACACGUGGCGGAUAUUGAGAAUGUGGAGAAGAGAGAGUGGCUGGAGCGGACAUUCAAGCACAUCAUGUCCAAUCGGCCACUCAGCCGACAGAUUCCGGAGAUUUUCCACUGGGAGAGGAUCUACAUGAUUGACAACAAGAAGCGCCAAAUGGAUCCGCUGCGCAAGUGGUGGCAGCUGCCGAAGAAUCCCUUCCAGCGACGUCUGGAUGAUCACACGCCCAGAUACAUCCCGAAGGUGAUCCGCCCUGGCGGCCCGAAGAGCAAGGACAAGUUCGAGAAGACACACUAUCCGGACUGCUGAGUUUCACGCAUUUGUCAUAGUUUUGUAGUCCAUUAAAGAAGGCUUUGAGGAGGAUUUUCUGCUUUUUAGUGGCUUUUGACUGGCGGAUUUGAAGUGGGGGAAAUAUUUCAGGAAAUUUCGGGACAACAAAUGGCGACAAAUCACCAAACGAAAUAGCCUGCUGUGAUUUAGUGAUGACUUUAAGUGCUUUCUUUUGAAUCAAACCUCGAUUAAAUACUGAUUCAUUCAAUAUAUUUACACAAAUCGUGUCUAGAAAGUGCUGAAAAGGAAUGACUAAAUUUUAUUCAUGCAGAAAGUAUUGAGAAUUUCGCUCGUAUUUGUAUAUUUGGUGUACAGAUUUCAGCAAAAUUAUCUUUCCCUUGGAAAUUCACGCGUAAAUCACUGAACUCCUGCCGCAAAAGAACUGGUUUCUUGUCAUCUUUGGGUCAAGAAAUGUAAUUGAAAUAUGAAUAAUGCAGUAAAAUCAAUAAAAA